AUGUUCUGCGCCCUAUGCUCUGCGCCCUAUGCUCUGCGCCCUAUGCUCUGCGCCCUAUGCUCUGCGCCCUAUGCUCUGCGCCCUAUGCUCUGCGCCCUAUGCUCUGCGCCCUAUGCUCUGCGCCCUAUGCUCUGCGCCCUAUGCUCUGCGCCCUAUGCUCUGCGCCCUAUGCUCUGCGCCCUAUGCUCUGCGCCCUAUGCUCUGCGCCCUAUGCUCUGCGCCCUAUGCUCUGCGCCCUAUGCUCUGCGCCCUAUGCUCUGCGCCCUAUGCUCUGCGCCCUAUGUUCUGCGCCCUAUGCUCUGCGCCCUAUGCUCUGCGCCCUAUGCUUCUGCGCCCUAUGCUCUGCGCCCUAUGCUCUGCGCCCUAUGCUCUGCGCCCUAUGCUCUGCGCCCUAUGCUCUGCGCCCUAUGCUCUGCGCCCUAUGUUCUGCGCCCUAUGUUCUGCGCCCUAUGUUCUGCGCCCUAUGUUCUGCGCCCUAUGUUCUGCGCCCUAUGUUCUGCGCCCUAUGUUCUGCGCCCUAUGUUCUGGCCCUAUGCCCUAUGUUCUGCGCCCUAUGUUCUGCGCCCUAUGUUCUGCGCCCUAUGUUCUGCGCCCUAUGUUCUGCGCCCUAUGUUCUGCGCCCUAUGUUCUGCGCCCUAUGUUCUGCGCCCUAUGUUCUGCGCCCUAUGUUCUGCGCCCUAUGUUCUGCGCCCUAUGUUCUGCGCCCUAUGUUCUGCGCCCUAUGUUCUGCGCCCUAUGUUCUGCGCCCUAUGUUCUGCGCCCUAUGUUCUGCGCCCUAUGUUCUGCGCCCUAUGCUCUGCGCCCUAUGCUCUGCGCCCUAUGCUCUGCGCCCUAUGCUCUGCGCCCUAUGCUCUGCGCCCUAUGCUCUGCGCCCUAUGCUCUGCGCCCUAUGCUCUGCGCCCUAUGCUCUGCGCCCUAUGCUCUGCGCCCUAUGCUCUGCGCCCUAUGCUCUGCGCCCUAUGCUCUGCGCCCUAUGCUCUGCGCCCUAUGCUCUGCGCCCUAUGCUCUGCGCCCUAUGCUCUGCGCCCUAUGCUCUGCGCCCUAUGCUCUGCGCCCUAUGCUCUGCGCCCUAUGCUCUGCGCCCUAUGCUCUGCGCCCUAUGCUCUGCGCCCUAUGCUCUGCGCCCUAUGCUCUGCGCCCUAUGCUCUGCGCCCUAUGCUCUGCGCCCUAUGCUCUGCGCCCUAUGCUCUGCGCCCUAUGCUCUGCGCCCUAUGUUCUGCGCCCUAUGUUCUGCGCCCUAUGUUCUGCGCCCUAUGUUCUGCGCCCUAUGUUCUGCGCCCUAUGUUCUGCGCCCUAUGUUCUGCGCCCUAUGUUCUGCGCCCUAUGUUCUGCGCCCUAUGUUCUGCGCCCUAUGCUCUGCGCCCUAUGCUCUGCGCCCUAUGCUCUGCGCCCUAUGCUCUGCGCCCUAUGCUCUGCGCCCUAUGCUCUGCGCCCUAUGCUCUGCGCCCUAUGCUCUGCGCCCUAUGCUCUGCGCCCUAUGCUCUGCGCCCUAUGCUCUGCGCCCUAUGCUCUGCGCCCUAUGCUCUGCGGCCCUAUGCUCUGCGCCCUAUGCUCUGCGCCCUAUGCUCUGCGCCCUAUGCUCUGCGCCCUAUGCUCUGCGCCCUAUGCUCUGCGCCCUAUGCUCUGCGCCCUAUGCUCUGCGCCCUAUGCUCUGCGCCCUAUGCUCUGCGCCCUAUGCUCUUUCCACCCCCUCCCCUUCAUGGUUGUCCCCUUCCUCCCUUUCCCCCACCCGUUUUCUUCCUCCCGCAUGAGGCAGGGGGGAGGGCAGGGGGGGUGGCGCAUAACAUAGCGGAGUGCAUGGCAGCACUCUCCGCCGCGCCCUUCCUCAUCUCCGCUGUGGGGGAUGACGCUGCAGGCAGGUCGCACUGCUGCAGGCAGGCCCAUGGCCCACCCUUUCUCCCUACCUCUGCUGGGUGUGCAUCUGACAUGCUUCCCCUUUUCCUUCCCCUCAUUUCCCCCUCUUCUUCCCCUCGUGUCAUCUUUCUAUUUCCCGCUUUCCCUCUCCCCCUCAUCGUAUCCCAACUCUUCCCUAUCCUCCCUCUUCAUACUGUAUUUCUUUCUUUCCCUCUUCCCCUCUUCCUAUCUCCCCUCUUCCCUAUCCUCCCUCUUCCUACUGCAUUUCCUUCUUUCCCUCUCCCCUCUUCCUAUCUCCCCUCUUCCCUAUCCUCCCUCUUCCUACUGUAUUUCUUUCUUUCCCUCUUCCCCUCUUCCUAUCUCCCCUCUUCCCUAUCCUCCCUCUUCCUACUGCAUUUCCUUCUUUCCCUCUCCCCUCUUCCCAUCUCCCCUCUUCCCUAUCCUCCCUCUUCCUACCGUAAUUCCUUCUUUCCCUCUCACCCUCUUCCUACCUCCUCCUUUCCCUCACCCCCCCUCUUCCUAUCCCCUUUCCCUCUCACAUCGUCCUAUCUCCCCCUUUCCCUUUCACCCUGCUUCCCUCUUCCCACUCUUCCCUAUCCCCCCUUUUCCCCACCUGCUUCCCCUCAUUCCCCCCCUCCUUCCCCUCAUUUCCCCCGCUGCUGCCUCUCAUUUCCCCCACUGCUUCCCCUCAUUUCCCCCACUGCUUCUCCUCAUUUCCCCCUGCUUCCCCUCAUCCCUACUUCCCCUCAUUUCCCUCCCUGCUUCACCUCAUUUCCCUCCCUGCUUAACCUCAUUUCCCUCCCUGCUUCACCUCAUUUCCCUCCCUGCUUCACCUAA